AUGUUGAAAGACUGCAUUGAAUUCGUGAAAGGCUGUCAAGAGUGCCAGGUGCAUGCAGGCAUACAACAUGUCCCUGCAAAAAAAUUACAUUCUAUCAUCAAACCGUGGCCAUUUAGAGGUUGGGCUUUGGACUUGAUCAGAGAAAUUCGACCUCCCUCAUCAAAAAGUCAAAGGUACAUAUUGGUAGGAUUUGAUUAUUUCACAAAAUGGAUUGAAGCCAUACCUUUGCCAAAUGUGAGCCAAGAGGAUGUGAUCAAAUUCAUUCAAAAGUAUAUUAUUUAUAGGUUUAGAAUUCUAGAAACAAUCACAACGGAUCAAGGAUCAGUAUUUACUGGUUGGAAGAUGCAGGAGUUCGCCACGGACAUGGGUUUCAAAUUGGUAACGUCGACACCCUAUUAUGCUCAGGCUAAUGGACAAGUUAAAGCUGCCAAUAAGUUGAUCAUUGGUUUGAUUAAAAAACAUGUAGGAAAAAAACCUAAGAAUUGGCACAAGACUCUAGACCAAAUUUUAUGGGCAUGUCGCACGUCCCCUAAAGAGGCUACUAAGUCGGCCCCUUUUCGACUAACUUUUGGUCGUGAUGUUGUCUUGCCAGUAGAAAUCCACCUGCAAUCACUAAGGAUCCAGAGGCAGCAUGAACUCCCCACAGAAUCAUAUUGGAGCAUGAUGUUGGAUGAAUUGGUCGAUUUGGACGAGGAAAGGUUAAGUGCCUUAGAAUUGCUAAGGCAACAAAAGAAAAGGAUAGAAGUCUCUUAUAAUAAGAAAGUUAAAGUUAAAAGCUUUACGCCUGGAGAUUUGGUCUGGAAAGUGAUCCUUCCAAUGGAUCGAAAAGAUAGAGCCUUGGGAAAGUGGUCCCCAAAGUGGGAAGGCCCUUUCCAAAUUCUGCAGAUUUUUUCUAAUGGUGCCUAUGGGAUCGAAGAGCUCAGGGAAGAUAGGAGGAUUCUAAGAAUAAACGGGAAGUAUUUGAAAAAAUACCAACCGAAAAUCCAAGAGGUAAAAAUAAGAGACGAGUAA